AGGUGAGCGAUCGCAGAGUCGUUCGGACAUUUAAGUGCUUAGCUAUCAUAGAAAUUUAGUCUCACUAGAAAGAAAUCAAUUAGCUCCUUACCGCAAACAUUUUCCGAGAAUUUUGAAAAAUCUUUAAAGUGAAAAGUUGAUCAUGCAAAUUAAUGUUCUAUAGCUGAAAUUUAAUCAUAAAGUGAACAAUAUAAAGUUACAUUUUAUUGCCGGACAUAAAGGAGAAGUUUAAUUUUUUAAUGUGACCAUCGCGUAAAAAUAAUUUUUUUGUUUUAAUUUCACUUUGAUCUCAUUAUAAGAAAAUUAACACACAAAGAAAAAAGGCAGUUUGCGUGCGUGGGGGUGAAGCAAUAAAACGCAGUAAAUUCAGUCAUCACUUGCUUACUUUUGCAGUGAUUUGGAACAUUUUUUGUUCCAUACUUUUAUGAUGAAUGUAAUAAAAGUUUGCAUUACGGUUGCUAUAGUCUUAGCUUUUGCUGGCAGAUCGCAUCAUCAAUCGAUAAAAAUAGGCUAUCUGUCAGAUGGAUUGGAAGAAACAAAACUAGCUUUUAAAUUUGCGAUAAAGAAAAUACAAGAAGACAGAGGAUUCAAAAAUUUAGUCGGAGAUAUUAAAAAGCUUAAGUAUGGUGAUGUGUACAAGUCAUAUCAACUUGUUUGUGGGAUGUUGGAGAAUGGAGCACUUGGAAUCAUCGGUCCAACAUCUCCAGAAUCUGCAAAUCAUGUUCAAACCAUUUGUGAUACUAAAGAAAUUCCACUGAUAGAGACAAGAACAGAUGGUCCUUCAAAACAUUUUAUAAAUUUACAUCCAACGCCAGAAGAUCUUGGUCGAGCAUAUUUGGAGAUUAUUGAUGCAAUGAAUUGGAAAGGAUUCACAAUUCUUUACGAGGAUACGCCAUGGCUACCGAUGAUAGAGUAUUUACUUACGAAUUAUAAGAAGAAAUAUUUGGUUACUGUGAAGCAGUUGUCAGUCACACCUGAUGGAAAUUACAGGAACAGAUUAAUGCAUGUAAAGUGGUCACAGAUAAAGAAUAUAGUCAUUUGCAGUUCCAUUGAGACUCUUCCUGAGAUAUUAAAGCAGGCACAACAAGUUGGUUUAUUGAGUGAUAAGCACAAUAUACUAAUCACAUCACUAGAUAUGCAUACUAUUGAUUUAGAACCAUACCAGCAUGGAGGUACAAAUAUUACCGGAGUACAGCUAUUAGAUCCUGAAAAUGCUUAUGUUAAAGAGAUUGUUGACGACUUUCAACGGAUGUACUUUUCUGUAUUAUCGGAUGGAGACAGAAUUGAAGGGUUUGAAGAAACUUUUCCACCAGGAUUAAGUGCUGAAAAUAUGAGAGUUGAAACAGCUUUAGUAUUUGAUGCGGUGCUUCUUUUUGCAAGCGUGAUGAACAACAAUCGAGGCAUUCGUCCAUCAAGAAUUGAUUGCAGUGAUCCAGAAUCAAUUUUCAUCAAUGGAACCUCGAUUUACAACUCAAUUAAGACUAUGACUUUCAAAGCUCUAAGUGGUGAGAUUCAAUUCGAUCAACAAGGCAAUCGAGAAAAUUUUGAACUGAAUGUUCUCGAGUUGGUUUCGGAUGGACUUAAAAAAGUUGCUUUAUGGAAUUCUGGGAAAUCAAAUGGACUACAAAUAUUUAGAGAGCAGUCUGACAUUUUGACAAAUGAAUUGGAUAUUUUCAAGGGAAAAGUUUUAAGGAUCUUGACCGUAGAUGAGAACCCUCCAUACGCUAUGAGGAAAGAAACAUCACAAACCCUUUAUGGAAACGAUCAAUAUGAAGGAUUUGGAAUCGAGCUAAUUGACAAGCUAGCUCUUCGUUUGGGCUUUAACUAUACAUUCAUGUUGCAAGAAGACCGAGGCUAUGGAAAUCCUAUAAACGAAACGCAUUGGGACGGAAUGAUUGGAGAAUUAAUGGCUGAUCGAGCUGAUUUAGCUAUCACAGAUCUCACAGUCACAUCUGAUCGAGAAUUAGCUGCUGACUUUACUAUGCCAUUUAUGGACCUUGGUAUUCAAAUUUUAUAUGAGAAGCCAAAAAAAGCAAAUCCAGAUUUGCUGUCAUUUAUGGAACCUUUAUCUAAAAGUGUAUGGACAUGCCUUGCGUUAUCUGUUCUUGCUGUUUCUGUUUCUUUCUUCAUAUUAGGUAGAAUGUCACCAAAAGAAUGGGAUAAUCCAUAUCCAUGCAUUCAAGAACCGACAACUCUUCAAAAUCAAUUCACUUUAAAAAAUGCAAUGUGGUUCACAAUAGGUGCUAUUCUGCAAGAAGGAAGUGACAUAGCACCCAAAGCACCAUCAACAAGAAUCGUCGCAUCAAUUUGGUGGUUCUUUACACUUAUUAUGGUAUCGUCAUACACUGCCAACUUGGCCUCAUUCUUAACAGUUCAAAAAGCACCACCAGUAAUCACAAGUGUCAAAGAUCUCAUUAGAAUGGCUGACAAAAAGGAAGUAACUUAUGGAGCAAAAAAAGGUGGAAGCACAUUUAAAUUCUUUGAACUAUCUGACAAUCCUGAUUAUCAGCUCAUGUAUCAAUACAUGAUGAAAAAUGAGAAAACUGUUUUAGUCAGUAGCAAUGACGAUGGAGUAGCCAGAGCUAAAGCAGGAGGUUAUGCAUACUUGAUGGAAUCAUCAACGAUUGAAUAUAUUGAGCAGCGACAUUGUGAGGUUGAAAAGGCAGGGAAUAAGUUGGAUCAGAAGGGGUAUGGAAUUGCAAUGAAAAAAGGAUCACAUUUUCGGGGGCCACUGGAUGAAAUUAUUCUACAAAUGCAAGAGUCUGGUGAACUUCAAAGAAUGAAAAUAAAAUGGUGGAGGGAAAAGCGUGGCGGUGGGGCGUGUGAAGGAAGUGACUCAGCUGGAGCGCCAAAGCUAACAUUUGAUCAUGUUAAAGGAAUCUAUAUUGUCCUGUUCAGUGGUUGUGGCAUUGGAACAACGAUGGGUGUCAUUCAAUGGUUUUUGAGUGUUAGAAGAAAUGCAAAGUUGUUAGAUGUCCCAUUCAAAAUACUAUUCAAAGAAGAACUCCACUUUGUGUUAGAUUUUAAGAAAAAUGUAAAACCACGUCGUAAAAGUUCAACACAAUGUGAUACAUACGAUUCAGCACAAGGAUCAAACGAAGAAUCAGAAUCACGGUCAAGAUCAAACAGCACAUUAACUGAUCACCAACCUCAUGCAUUGCGAUUUAGCAUGAAAAACAUUCACAAGAUUCAUCCGAGAGAAGGUGACAAUGCUUAAUGAAAUAAUAUUUGAGAUUGUGAGAAUCUCGUGAAAAAUUAAUUAAAAUUUCUCAGAAAAUUGCAUAAAUUUUCUCAGUUUUGUAAAAAUAUUCAGACAGUGAAGAUGCACAUGCAGUCA